CCAAAAAUGAAGUAUUUUUAAUCGAUUUUUCUCUGGUAAUCUUACGUAUUAUCAACUCAGGAAUCCAAAUCUGUGAGUUGAAUCGAACCAACUACGGAAGUGAUCGAGUUGUCGCCAUUUUAUCACUCUAAAAAUCGACAAAAUUGAGAUUUGUGAUCAAUAUGUGACAAUUGUCGUUCAAUUUAAUCGACUGAGUCGUUUUUCCGAGACCGUAAUACAUAGGAUUAACGCCUACACUUGUUUUUUCAAUGAUUUAUUAGUUCUUCAUCCCUUAGUAGAUCCCCUACUAGCGCCUAGUUACGCGCAGUCGGCGUUGCACAACCCUAAAUCAAGCGUUUGAACGUAUGGCACAAGGAAAAAGUCCAAUCAGAACUUCUCAAAUGUUCAAUUUAGAAUACAACUCAAAGUAAAACAAUUCAUUUUUUCUGAAAAUCAUAAAAUAAUCGCACAAUUCAACCGUUCCCAGGUGGAGGAAAAAUAAACGCGACAUUGACAUUAUUAAUAAAUAACAAAUAACGCGUGUCCGCGAGUCAAGUCACGAUCGCGUGUUGUUAUAGGAUUUUUAUAACGGGGUUGCGCGGGCGCCAUAAGAACAAAGCUCGGGGAUGCUGCUGCUGGACGUUAACUACGGCGUUGAAUCCCGCAGUUCCGUGAUGUUCUUCAGCCGGUUCGGUUCAACAACUUUUCAAAAGCUUCGAACGAACCCUCCGAGCUCCUGAGACUGAUGCGUUUCUCUAAUUUAUCGUAUAAUCAAGUCACAUGCACGAUAACGCGGUUACAUAAAAUUUCAAAUAGCUGCUUCAGUCGACUGGGGUGUUUGAAUUUUUCUUCCAUCAAUAUUUGUGAAUCAUCUAUUCAUAUUAUUGUAUAAUCUUAUCAACUCCGGAUUGACAAAUAGCACGAGAUAUCGAUGAACGUCAAAUUGAUUUUAUUCUUUGUCGUAUUCCUGUCUGCCGCGUGGUUCAAUUCAUAAAUAGAUUCGAGUGAUGCACAAUCUUCGCCAAUUUUGAACGACUUAUUUUCAGAACCAAUCGCCUGACGCAAUCUUCGAACAAUAGAUCGCGUAUUUUCAUAAAAUCAACCCAUAAGAUUUCCUCGAACAGAUGGUGAUAUUGGAGCGGCAGAUCUUGGAUGAACGUGAAAUUUUCUCUUACCUAAUCGUAAACGUCGAAAUAUCGAUCACAGUAGGCGAAAGUUAAACAACGUCGAUCAAAAACGAUAAAAAUAAAAUCAUAAGUUUGAAGAUCGUUGGGGACAACCUUGUUACUUAACUUUUCAAUAAAAAUUUUAACCGCUCAUCUUCACAUUUGCAUCGAAAGUAUUCAACAAAGCUAGAAAACCAAUAGACGUCGCUGAUAAAUAUCGUAGUCGCCCUGCCAUUUGAUAGGUGAGAAUUCACGGAGGGCGAUGGGUGGGCUUGUGAUAUCGAUGGGACAGUGUGAGCUAUUUGAAAGUGCCGCAAGUUCAAAGAUCGAGGGAAAAUUAUUUUGAAGAAAGAUGCCAUUCUGAAGCAAAGGAUAUUUAUAAUAAACCGGAGUAUUUCACCCUGUAAAGAGGACCGGCAAUUGUAACAUGGAGACGACAACCUUCGAACCCAACGGAACCUCCGUUUUGAGCAGCCACAAUGAAACGGAAUUCGAGCUGCCGAUCGACAUGCGAUUUAACGAGGGUCACGUCGUAUCCAUCGUGACGUACAGCGUGUUAAUGGUCAUUUCUGCGAUCGGUAAUUCGACCGUGCUCAUACUCAUAUUGAAAAGAAGGGGUAACAGGAGAUCCAGAAUUAACACGAUGCUGAUGCACCUGGCGAUCGCCGAUCUAAUGGUGACGUUCGUCAUGAUGCCCUGCGAAAUCGGAUGGGCUGUUACCGUUUCUUGGGAGGCGGGGGAUGCGAUGUGCAGAAUAAUGGCAUUCUUCCGGGUCUUCGGACUCUAUCUUUCCUCUUUUGUUCUCGUCUGCAUCAGCGUUGAUAGGUACUACGCCGUAUUGAAACCCUUGCAACUAACCGCCGUGGAUAAAAGGGGCAAAGUGAUGCUCACCAUGGCAUGGGGAGGCUCGAUCCUUUGUUCUAUGCCACAAAUGAUCGUAUUUCACGUGGAAAAUCAUCCGAAUGUAACUUGGUACGCUCAGUGUAUCACUUACAACACAUUUCCAACGUACACUCACGAACUUACGUAUUCUCUCUUCGGUAUGGUGAUGAUGUACGCGCUUCCCUUGAUCAUUAUAAUAUACAGUUAUUCCAGCAUUAUAACUGAAAUAUAUAAAAGAUCCAGGGAAUCCCUCAAAGAUAAAAUUCGUCGAUCAUCACUUGGAUUUUUGGGACGCGCCAAAAUCCGCACCCUAAAAAUGACGAUAAUCAUCGUCCUCGUAUUUUUCAUUUGCUGGACGCCGUACUACGUGAUGAGUUUAUGGUACUGGAUCGAUCGAAUUAGCGCAUCAAAAGUCGAUCAACGUAUUCAGAGAGGACUGUUUUUAUUUGCCUGUACAAAUUCAUGUAUGAAUCCGGUCGUUUACGGGGCCUUCAAUAUCCGCAGCAAAAAACGGGAUUCAGGGACAUUGCAAAGAGUCGCGUCCUGCACAAUCCGCGGUACCCGGGGCGCAGCCGAUGUCGUAUGCCGAGUAUCUUGGCAUCGGAGUAUGAACGAAUCUCAACAUCAUCUCGUCCGGCCUAAUGAUAAAUUGGUCAAUGUUACCCUCAGUCUUUUUCCCACGCAAAGUGCAAACGGACCGAAAGUUACAGAUGAUGGAAAAACUCAAGUCGAUAGUGUAGAUCCUCCUCAGUUACAGAGUCAAACGGAUUAUAAUGACAAACACUGCUUUACGGUAUCACCCUUGUAAAUUCAACCAAAGGAUACCGAUGGGUAUUUCGAAUGAGUAGAGAAAUGACAAGUGAUUUUUGUG